GUCCGCACGAACCAAAAGCGCGCUGAAUCGUUCGACAGCAUCGUCCCUCUUCUCGUCGCCUGCUCGAUUUGUCUCUCAGUCAACUGUUAUCUCUCGCUUCUAAUUGCAGAUGAAGUACAUGAAGCCUCUCAACUUGUACCAGGACUUACUGAAGCUGCAUGCUGUCGAACGAGGGCGAUUGCUUGGUUUGGAUGUUGGGGAUAAGUAUGUCGGUUUAGCGGUUUCAGACUUUAACAAUAAAGUUGCUUCGCCUUUAAGUGUUCUGGUUAGGAAGAAAAACAAUAUGGGUUUGAUGGCUAUUGAUUUUCAAAAUCUGAUAUCAGAACUCUCCCUGUCAGCCUUUAUUGUUGGAUACCCAUACGAUAGGUCAAGAAAAAGCCCAAAUGCUACCCAAGUGAAAGUAUUUGUUGAUGACCUCUGUAAAUUAAGGAAAUUUGAAGAUGUACGGUAUACCUUUUGGGAUGAAUGCUUCACAUCAAAGAAUGUUGAGCUAUUAUUGAAGCCAUUGAAGUUCCCUACAACAGAAGCAAAAACAAUAACCGACAAAUUUGCCGCUGUCGGAAUACUGCAGGGGUAUCUCGACUACGUGAACAGGAAUAUUGCAACAGAGCAAGGCCAUUGAGCUUCUACUUCUGGACUAUAAUUCGAUACUGAAUGCAAAUCCUACCACAACAGUACGCAACUAUGAAAUAGUUAGAUUUUGUACUUACUGUUAUUCGGUAUUCUGAAAGCAUAUGACAAGAAGAUGUGGGUUAGUUUUAAUUGUAAUUGUGGUCAGAAUACUUGUAACGAGGCCAUUAUGAAGUAUUUACUCAUGGGCAGGGCAAGUAUUUCUAGUUUGCAUGGUCUAACUAUUGAUCCCAAAAAUUUCUACAAUAACUUCAGGAAGGUUGAAUAAAAAUGAAUAGAAUAUGAUAAAA